AUGAAGUACUUUUGGUUGAUUACCGCAAUGUCGGGUUCGCGUGUAACUGUAAGGCGUUUGCUAAAAGAUAAUUUCGAACGAUCAGGCGAGCAACAGCAGAAUUUGUUCAUUCAAAACCGCGUUGAUGCAUCUGAUGAUUACUUGCCUCUGACUACUUUCCUGCAUCCUAGGGACGCUACUGUGCCGUACGUAGUCGUAAACAAUGAGAAUAGAGAGGUUCUUGCCUAUUGUUAUGAUUACUCAGAUUUAGAAGUGGAUGCUCAAUCUGGAUUUUCUUUGUUGACUGCUCUUCCUAAUAAUGGCCGACGUAAGCAAUGUGUUAUGUUUACUACUAGAUUCAAAUAUGAGCCAGUGCUGGGACAAGUCCCAGACGAAAACUCGAUACUUGCUGCCGCUGAAACUUUCUUUCCUGGUAGGACGACGGUUCGCAGAGCUCUGCGGACUGGAAGAUUAACUGACAUUCGAUUGCGUAGACAAAUUUUCCUUUUUGACAAUGCGUCGGUCGCUUUUAUUAACGAAAUAUUUAAUGAUGUUUUUGAUGUUAGGCAUGAAGAUAUAACAUUACACUUGUCAUUCUAUUCCUGUUUGGUUUAUCGUGCUGUUAAGUAUUUUAGAUAUACUAUUUCGGUUCUUAUAAUGAAGAGUUUUAUAGCCGGUGAUACUCAAAUGAAGAAGGAAAUACUCUAUUCCAUGUACGCUAAUGAAUGUGCUUUUUGUGGUCUUGUCAGAAAAGGCAUCCUUUUCCAUGAUAUUUCCAUAUCGGAAGAUGAAACUGUGUAUAUUGCUUCUGUUAAUACACAAUGUAGGGCUGGAAAUUCCACCGAAUUCUUCGAUUUCAACGCUAGGUCUUGUUUUACCAGUCAUGCUGCUUGGGUUUCGCUUCAUAUAAUUGUAGUUUACUCUGGUCCUUCAACUCCAAUCCCGUGGAAUUCACAUUUCGGUUACGUCUCUCUAAUCACCACUUUUCUUCGUGUAAUCCGCGCCAAUCUUGGUGUUCCCGUUACUUCUAAUUCGUUGGCUAGAGCGUACAUUUCAAUGUUGAAAGGAUAUUUACGUGAGCGAGAGGGUUGCAUAGCUGCUGAAAAUGCUUUUGUCCGUGGGCUUUACGCCCUUGAAGGCAUAUAUUUUGACUUUUGA